UUGUUGAAAGGUAGUCAAGGCGCUCAUAUGGAAGUGUGCCACUCUAUUUGGGAAAUGCGCGAGCACGAAUCUUGCACUAGAAAACCGACGCUGGAUCAGUUGCGCGUGAGGACGAUAAAAACCUCCAAACACUGUUUACUCCAAAAGGACCUAUUUUAAACAUUUUACAGGUGGUAUUCGCCUGCAUCUUCCAUGUAUUGGAUUCAAUUAAGUGACGUGUCACCACUGACAUUUUAGGAAAACAGAAAUAUAAAAACAUUGAGGAUAGGCUAUGUUUAGCACAUUUACCGGAUUGCUUAAUUGUAUUUGGUAGCUUGGAGAAAGCAACGCACACUUUACUACGGACAAGCAAGACGCGAACUGGCCACCUAGAACCGUUCUGUGGAAUUUAUGGUGGACGGACUACUGUUUGAUUUUUCUACGCUUAGACCUGCCUUGGCAUUCGAGAUGGGCUAUUUGACAUCACUGUUACAACUCGUCGCGGUCCAGUUGAGCCUUUUACCUGCACAGAGUUCUUCCUUAGUAAACAUAAACAGCACUGCUAAAGUGAUGCUGUUUCAAGAGGUCUGGGGGAAAAGCUUCUGCCGCACCAUAGAGAAGCUAGUGGAAGUGGUUCAGGAGUACCCUGGGGAGGUGGAGCACAUUUUCAGCCCCGCCUGCCUGCCAUUGGUCCGCUGCGCUGGUUGCUGUGGAGAUGAGAAUCUGGAGUGUCACCCUACGCUCACUUCUAACACCACCAUGCAAUUGUUAAAGAUCAAGCCAGCGGAGCAGGGCCAGGAAUAUGUGGAGAUGACCUUUGUGGAGCACAAAGCCUGUGAAUGUAGACCAAAAAAAUCUACAACAAAACAAGACAGAUGGAAACCCAGAAACAGAGGGAGAAAAAGGAAGGAGAAAAAGAGAGCGAAAGAUUGUGACAAGUGUCAGUCUCCCCGUAGGUAAACGCUGUCUUGCCGUGAUGCCAGCCAAUCGUGCACAUUCGCCCCUUCUGUGCGACCCUCACCGUCAUCAUGGUUAAC